AUGGCCGUCGCAAUGACGCCUUCGUCCUCUCCAUCACCGUCGCGAUCUCGCAUCGUUCGUAUUCGCACAGUUGUGGCCACCGUCAAGCGCAUCUCCUUCGUCGUCUCCACCAUUGCACCACCCCACGAGUUAAACCCUCUCCGACCUACCUUCUCCGUUCCCGAGAUCACGACUUCCAAAACCAUGCCGCUUCGCCUUUUCUCAACUUUCGCCUUCGAUAGACAGUGGAGGUGUUGGAAGAAGAAUGAUGAAUUUGAGUGUCUCGCUACCGAGAUCACUGGGGAAAGGGAAACUGACAACCGGGUGACAAUGUUGGUCUUCUUCUCCGUGGUGAAGGAUGAGGGUGGCCGACACACCGCUGUGUUUGGAUUGAUUUCAGCAGUUCCACUUGAAGCAGGACAAAGAUUUGCCUUGAGAGAGGGUGGCAGAAAAGUUGGUGGUGGUGUGUAUCAUGAGGCAUCGUGUGGGCGGUUACGGCUUUACAGUCUUGGAGAAUUGGAUGAAGAGGGCUUGUUAACCAAACUGGGGAAGAAAAUGGCAGAAUUUCCUUUGGAUCCACCGUUGUCCAAGAUUCUACUUGUCAGUGUGGAUCUUGGAUGCAGUGAUGAGAUUUUGACCAUAAUUGCCAUGAUUCAAACCGGAAAUAAUUUUUACAGGCCAAGGGAAAAGCAAGGCCUAGCAAAUUGGAAGAGGGCAAAGUUUUUUAGCCAGAGGGUGAACAUCUUACUCUACUUACUGUUUAUGAGGCCAAGGGAAAAGCAAGGCCGAGCAGAUCGGAAGAGGGUAAAGUUUUUCCAGCCAGAGGGUGACCAUCUUACUCUACUUAUUGUUUAUGAGGUUUGGAAAGCUAAGAACUUUUCAGGGUCGUGGUGUUUUGAGAACUUUGUUCAAUCUCGAUCGUUGAGAAUAGUCCAGGAUGUCAGGAAACAGCUUCUCACUAUCAUGGAUAGGUACAAAUUAGAUGUUGCGAGUGUUGGAAUUAACUUCACCAAAGUGACGAAGGCUAUCACAACAUGA